AUGUGGAUGGUGCCUUCUCACAUAAUAAUCUCCAAGCGGCUUGUGGGGGUCUGCUACGUAACUCGCAGGGCCAGUUUAUACAGGGGGUUCACGUGCAUGGUGGAAGGGGAUGACAGCCUGAGUACCGAGCUAUGGGCCUGUGCUCAUGGAUUGAGUUUGGCUUGGGAUGCUGGUAUACGCAAAGUGGAGCUUGAAACGUCAAAUGGCUGUGGUGAGGACCCUGGAGAUUAUGGGAUUGUCAUGGAAGUUAAAGCUCUGUUGCAGCGCAAUUGGGAGGUUCGGAGGACACUUGUCAGUCGUAGAUGGAAUGGAGCAGCAGAAUAUCUUGCCAAACUUGGUCUCAGCCAACUGCCUGGAAUAAUCUUCAUCUUACACGCUCCUGCUGAUUUGAUUGCCAUUUAUGGCAAGGGACUCGGAUAUGGAUAG